AUGAAGAAGAUCUACAAGGCGGCUGUGCUAUUUCUCAGCGUCCGUGUUGCUGUCGGGUCCCAGCUGCUCUGCCAGGACAGGAUCCGGAUUCCUCGCAUCAUCCACCAGCUGUGGAUGUCACCUCACCAGCCAGGUUUGACGUUCCAGGACCGCGAGCCCGAGCGUCCUGACAUUGUAGACGCCAUUCGACAGUGGCGUUUUGCAGCGCUGCGCGACUCGCCGGAGCCUUGGCAACACCAGGUCUGGAACCGCUCCUCGGUGAGGUCCGUCCUUGACCCGUACCCUCAUUUGGCAGACGGGUUUGAGCGCCUGGCAAGGUGGCCUGAGCGGCAAAAGGACUUCUUCAUGUAUGCCGUACUGGGCAUUGUUGGAGGCGUGUUCAUCGAUGCCGAUGUUGUGCCGCUGCAGUUGCCAUCCGCUUGGUUCGAGGAAGCGUGCAGGGCAGAUGUGGCAGAAUCUGCGCAGAUUCAAUUGAUGGUGGGCCUUGAAUGCCGCGGCUCGGCCACGGAAGCCGAGGCAUGGCGCUGGUCGGGUCGGCUGCAACUUACAGCCUGGGCUCUGGCCGCAGCACCAGGCCAUCCGGUCAUGCUUCGUGCCCUCACCCGGUACCUAGAGACGCCUGGGCCUGCGAUUGGCCUCCCGGCAUUGGCGCACUACCAGCAUAGCGUGGCGAUGGGGCCCGGGCUUCUCACACUCCUUGUGGACGAGUGGAUCCAGGAGACUUCGCCCAAUGGUGAGGGACUGAAGGCAAUGGCCAGCGUGCUCGACUUUUCUGUGGCGUCCGUCUCCUCCGACACGGUUGUGCUGAACAUCCAUGGCUUUGGAUGUGGACAGCCCCACAGUGGAAGCCGCCCGUGUAACGAAAGCGAGGGCGCCCUCGUCCAGCACCUUUUCAUGGGUGCCUGGAAGCCUCCGGAGGGGUCGUGGGCUUUGGACGAAGAUGAAUCCAGACGCCGCCGCCGACGCUUCGAUGGACCCACCGAGUUCAUCGAUUGGCGCGGUCCAGCGCUCUCGUUGCUUCAUCGGCUGGAGGGAUUGGGCUACCAGCUUCCUUGGGAGGCAACGCCUCUGCUCUUCUCUCGAAUGGUUCCAGUGGAGCCGCCUUUGCUUCCUCUUCCAGGGCCCUUUUACACGGCAUGA